GAUGCCGUCCAACGAGUGGUUUUCCGCUAUCAAUUUCCUUCUAGGUCGACUCGUGUUGACGUCGCAGUCAAGGAAAUAAGAGGUGAUACAGAUAUGUUGACGAUUAUCAAACGAUUUUUCAGAGAGAUUACGCUAUGGUUGAAACUUGAACACAAGAAUAUCGUUCCUCUUUGGGGAGUUGCAGAUGGCUUUGGCUCCCUCCCAGCACUUGUCGCGCCAUGGUUAGAAAAUGGUGCGCUGACCGGAUACCUUCAACGUGAGCACGAAAGGCUUUCUUACAACGAAAAGUUUGCACUGCUGAAGGACAUAGCUGAAGGGCUUCAGUAUCUGCAUUCGCAGUUAAUCACCCAUGGUGACUUGAGUGGCAACAACGUUCUCGUCGAUAAAGAUGGAAAAGCAAGCCUCAUCGAUUUUGGUUUCUCUGCUCUCGUUCCUGAGAGAAUGAGUCAAGCAUUGAUGCCAACCUAUUGCGGGGGCACCGCACCCUACAUGGCGCCAGAAUGCUUGGCGUUCGAUGACGAAGGCAACGAGUCGGCGCCGGUAUUCUCUCCGAAAAGUGAUGUAUACUCUUUCGGGGGAAUCAUGCUACAGGUAUUGGAGGGCAAGGUCCCAUACCAUUACGUCCGCAAAUGUGCAGCCAUAAUCAACUUGAUAUCACGCGGAACAAGACCUAAGAGGCCACUCGCACCUGUUAUCGAGGACAGCGAUUGGAAUUUCAUGGAGAGUUGUUGGUUAGAAGAUAUGGGACGUCGGCCCUCUGACGAAGACAUACUGGAAUUUGUGGAAGAACGGGCUAGAAUUUAGUCCUAGUUAAUGUUACCUUUGUACUUGUUUUUUUCAUCGCGUGUAGAUUAGGAACCAUGGAUGUCGCCUUGGCACCUUGUCUGGAAUCGAGUGAAGUAGAUUCUACCA